UGUAAACGAAUUUAUUGUCUGGGAACACAGAGUCAGUGUGUCUCUGGCAGGCACGAUAUGAAUGCCUUUGACCAAUUUCGAUACUUAACAGCUCUAGCGAAAGACACUAGCGCACUAGUGGGCUAUAACAUCGCUGGUGACAGCCACAGAUUGUAGCAAAUGGACAGAGAUGAAGUGUCAAGACCGCUCCUGGGUUCUCAAAACGGGGAUAGGGAACACGGCUCUUACUUGGACAAGGUGAAAAAUGGCAAGCUGUACCUGGCCACGUUUGCAGCCAUCCUGGGCCCCCUCAGUUUUGGCUUUGUGCUGGGAUACAGCUCCCCUGCCAUCCCCGACCUCCGCAGGAUCCCCGACCCAAACAUGCAGCUCGACGCUGAGGAGGCUUCCUGGUUUGGGUCAGUGGUGACCAUUGGGGCAGCUAUUGGAGGCCUCCUGGCCGGGUGGGUGGUGGACAAGAUCGGCCGAAAGCUGACCGUUAUGUUCUGUGCCAUGCCGUACAUCUUCGGCUUCACCAUCAUCAUCGCGGCCCAGAACCACUGGAUGCUCUACCUAGGCCGCAUCAUGACGGGCCUAGCCAGCGGAGUCACCUCGCUAGUCGUUCCACUCUACAUCUCCGAGAUGGCCCAUGAGCGCGUGCGUGGGACAAUGGGCUCCUGUGUGCAGCUGAUGGUGGUUACAGGAAUCAUGGGAGCGUACGUCGGAGGCUUGUUUCUGGGCUGGCGCUGGUUGGCCGUCUGCUCUUCGGUUCCUCCGGCGCUGAUGCUGGUGCUGAUGUGCUUCAUGCCCGAGACGCCUCACUUCCUGUUGGCCCAGGGCAGACGGGCCGAGGCCCAGGAGGCGCUGAGGUUCCUGAGGGGGCCGGGGGCAUCACCUGAGGAGGAGUGCGCCAGGAUAGAGGGCGCCAUGCAAGACCAGGGCACCAGUCUGGGCUGGGCGGACCUGAAGGACCCCGUGCUGUAUAAGCCCAUGGCCAUCGGCAUCACAAUGAUGCUCUUCCAGCAGCUCACCGGCAUCAAUGCCAUCAUGUUCUACGCAGAGUCCAUCUUCGAGAAGGCCCAGUUCAAGCGCAGUGAUAUCGCUACGGUGAUCGUGGCCUCCAUCCAGGUGGUCUUCACAGCACUGGCAGCGGUGCUGAUGGACCGGGCAGGCAGGAAGAUCCUGCUCAUCCUCUCAGGUAUCGCCAUGACGAUCAGCACGGCAGCGUUCGGCGUGUACUUCUGGCUCUCCAGCCCCGACCACGACGCACAGCCUGACCUGGCCUGGCUAGCCCUGGGCUGCAUGGGCCUCUUCAUCACAGGUUUUGCUCUGGGCUGGGGCCCUACACCUUGGCUUAUAAUGUCAGAGAUAUUCCCCACGAGGGGCAGGGGCCUGGGGAGCUCGCUGUGUGUGCUGACCAAUUGGGCUGCGGCGUUCAUCGUCACCAAGACCUUCCACAACCUCAUGGAGGUGCUGACCUCUGCUGGUACCUUCUGGCUCUUCUCCUGCCUGUGUGCCCUCAACAUCUUCUUCACCAUCUUCUUCGUGCCCGAGACCAAAGGCAAAUCACUGGAGCAGAUCCAGGCACACUUCAAAGGGGGGACACGUUGAUAGGCCGCGCACACACCGCUAAAAACACAGAAACUAACUGACGUGUGUGUGUGUGUGUGUGUGUGUGUGUGUGUGUGUGUGUGUGUGUGUGUGUGUGUGUGUG